CAGUCGGCAAUCUCGGCCACUGCUCUUCUCAGUUUCUCACGGUGCCGCAGCUACUCCCGCCGUCAAAAUAAAGCCACGCUUCCAAACGGUCGCCGCUCCCCGCCGCCGCCGCCGCCACCACCACGACCUCUUCGCCCAUCGCAUAAACGGGCGGCUCCCGCUCUCGGCUCCAGUGGGGUCUCUCGCGGUUGCCGCUGCGGAUUUGUUGAUCUCGCCGGCGGCGGUGCUCGCCUGACUUUCAUCGAAUAGGUGUUUGCUUUGUCGUGCUGAAGCUUGGGGCCAUUUUCUGCAAAACUGGGCAUUUUGGUAGAUACACUCAUAAAGCAUCCAACAGAUGGUGAGCGCCUUGGCAGGGGUGAUGACCUCUGUCAUCGGCAAGCUCACCACCCUGCUCGGAGAGGAGUACGCAAAGCUGAAAGGUGUGCACCGGGAGGUAGAGUUCAUGAAAGAUGAGCUGAGCAGCAUGAACGCGCUCCUUCAGAGGCUGGCAGAAGUGGACCGUGAUCUUGAUGUGCAGACGAAGCAAUGGAGGGACCAAGUCCGGGAGAUGUCUUAUGACAUCGAGGAUUGCAUAGACGACUUUAUGAAAAACCUUGGCCAAACUGACAUUGCUAAGAGAGCAGGGCUUGUCCAAAGUGUGAUCCAGCAGCUCAAGGCGCUGAGGGCGCGCCAUCAAAUAUCCAGCCAAAUCCAGGGGCUCAAGGCACGUGUUGAAGAUGCAAGCAAGCGACGUAUGAGGUAUAAGCUCGAUGAGCGCACCUUUGAGCAUGGCAUCUCAAGGGCCAUCGACCCUCGUCUUCCAUCACUCUAUGCUGAGCCAGACGGGCUUGUUGGUAUUGACAAGCCAAGAGACGGUCUCAUCAAGUGCCUAAUGGAGGGUGUGGGUGCAUCGGUGCAGCAGCAAAAAGUGAUAUCUAUUGUGGGUCCUGGGGGCCUCGGUAAAACUACACUUGCGAAUGAGGUGUACCGUAAACUGGAAGGCCAGUUCCAGUGUCGGGCUUUUGUUUCUUUGUCGCAGCAGCCUGAUGUGAAGAAGAUCCUAAGAAGUAUACUCUCUCAAGUCAGCCAGCAGGAGUACGCUAACAUAGAUGUCUGGGAUGAGGAAAAGCUCAUCAAUGCAAUCCGAGAAUUUCUAAAGAACAAAAGGUACUUUGUCAUCAUUGAUGAUAUUUGGAGUAAUCAAGCAUGGAAGAUUAUCAAGUGUGCUUUGUUUCCAAAUGAUGUUGGGAGCAAAAUAAUGACAACAACUCGCAGUAUUACUAUAGCCAAGUUAUGUUGCUCUCCUCAGCAUGAUCAUGUCUAUGAAAUAAUGCCUCUUACUGAAGCCAACUCUAAGAGUUUAUUUUUGAAACGUAUAUUUGGCUUGGGAGAUAUGUGCCCUCCUAAGUUGGAAGAAGUCUCCUCAGAGAUAAUGAAGAAAUGUGGUGGUUCACCCUUGGCGAUUAUUACAGUGGCUAGCUUGCUGGCUAAUAAAGCUAGUACAAAUGAAGAAUGGGAGAGGGUAUAUAACUCAAUCGGUUCGACACUGGAAAAAGAUCCCGGUGUAGAAGAGAUGAGAAAAAUAUUAUCCCUCAGCUAUGAUGAUCUUCCCCAUCAUUUGAAGACAUGUUUACUAUACCUGAGUAUAUUUCCAGAAGACUGUGAGAUUAAGAGGGAUCAAUUGAUAAGGAGGUGGAUUGCUGAAGGAUUUAUUAAUACGGAGGGUGGACAAGAUUUGGAGGAGAUAGGAGAUGGGUAUUUCUGUGACCUUAUCAAUAGAAGUAUGGUUCAGCCAGUGAGAAUUCAAUAUGAUGGUCGAGUUUAUUCAUGCCGAGUCCAUGAUAUGAUUCUUGAUCUUCUUAUAUCCAAGUCAAUUGAAGAAAAUUUUGUUACCUUCUUUGGUGGCCAAAAUCAGAAAUUAGUGCUACAACAUAAGAUUCGUAGACUAUCUCUGAACUGUUAUUCCCGAGAGCACAUCGCAGUUCCAUCAACAGCGAUCAUUUCUCAUUGCCGGUCGCUGAGUAUAUUUGGGUAUGCUGAACAGAUGCCUCCUCUUUCGAAGUUUAGAGUUCUGCGGGUACUUGAUAUAGAAAAUGGUGAGGACAUGGAAAGCAGUUUUAUUGAACAUGUAAGCACUCUUUGUCAGUUGAAAUAUUUGCGGCUCGAUGUUAGAAGCAUUUCUGCAUUCCCUGAGCAAUUAGGAGAACUACAGCAUUUGCAGACUCUGGAUAUAAGAUGGACAAAGAUACGAAAAUUGCCCAAAAGCAUUGUUCAACUGCAAAAUAUGACAUGUUUGCGUGUCAAUAAUCUUGAAUUACCUGAAGGAAUUGGGAAUCUGCAUGCUCUGCAGGAGCUAAGAGAGAUCAAAGUCAAGUGGGACAGUUUGGCAUCUUCUUUGCUGGAACUGGGCAGCCUGACUAAAUUGAGGAUUCUUGGGCUGCGCUGGUGCAUCAUCGAUACACACGGUAACAAAGAAAUUUUUGUGGAGAACUUGGUCUCAUCACUCUGUAAACUGGGUAGACUCAACCUUCGAUCUCUAUGCAUUAAGAGUGACUAUGGUUAUUCCAUUCCUCUAAAAGAAAUGUAUGGUUAUUCCAUAGAUUUCUUGCUGGAUUCUUGGUUCCCAUCCCCUCAUCUCCUCCAGAAAUUUCAGAUGGAUGCGUACUAUUUCUUUCCCAGAGUUCCAGUUUGGAUCGCGUCACUUGACAACCUCUCGUACCUAGAUAUCAAUAUUAACCCUGUAGAAGAGGAGGCAUUAGAGAUCCUUGGAGGGUUACCUGCUUUGCUGCUUCUGUGUUUGUCAUCAGAAUCAUCUGCUCAAAAACAAAGACUCGUUAUAAGCAGCAACAUGUUCAUAUGCCUGAACGAUUUCCGCUUCACCUGCUGGAGCAAUGGCAAAGGACUGACAUUUGAAGCUGGGGCCAUGCCCAGUCUUGAGAAGCUGGAGGUUCCAUUAGACGCAGGCAAGGAUCUUGAUUUUGGCAUCCAGCACCUCUCUUCCCUUAUGCAUGUUACCGUGAAGAUCAUUUGCGGUGGUGCCACGGUUCAGGAGGUGGAGGCAUCAGAGGACGCCAUCAAGAGCGCAGUUACUCACCUUCCGAACCACCCCACACUGGAAAUCCGAAUAUGGGGUGAUGAAAAUAUGGCGGAGGUCGGUUUCAAAAAAAAUAUGGUGGAGGAGGACCAAGGGAAGGCUGAAGAGGAGAUCCAGACAAGCACACAACUCAUCUGACAAAUUUUUAGGUAACUUCACAGUCGGUCUAGCAGAAGGAAGCAAAGGAACAAAGUGAAUUUCCAGGUGAUUGAAUCAUAGACCUCCGGCCAAAGCUGCACCCUCGAUGUCAGGGUCUUCCUCCAGGCAAUCAGCAAUUCCCAAAUGAUCUGAUUGCUCAGGUCGUGCUGCAGAUCUUUUAUUCCGUUGUCUCGCAGCGCCGCUGCAGCAGAGCGCUUCUUUCUCCGGCAAUGUUUGAGCAUCCAGGUAUGAACUGAGGUUGCCUCCGCGAUGAGAUCCUUGCGGAGUGUCACGCCCCGAAUGCAACACGCUGGAGAAAAGAAAAUAUGCUCAAGCAGAAGCAGACUGACGAAACUGAACCAGUGCAAGUGCAGGGCACCAUUCAGAGUGAAGCAACGACUGGUGAGCUGGCAGGCGGGACCCGCAAGUCAGCUCGACCCCCAUCCCCGUCCAAGAGAUAUUCCAAAGAGGUCUUGUGUUAGCGGUGGGGUACGCUUGUGUUUUUUUUUUUUGAGGGAGCGGUGGGGUACGCUUGUAAGUGUCAGUGGUGUGAGUGUAGUGUCAGCCGGCGGCCAGCCCAGCUUGCGCGCGCUCUUUCUCUCGCCGUGACGAACUCAAGAACACGUGAUUUGCGCAGCGCAGAAAGCCCGCUGUUUUCUGUUUCUCUU